AUGAUUGAGAGUGGGUUUAGACCAACAGAUCAUAUGGGCGGCGUCCUAGGACAGUCUACAGGUGAUUUGGCUGGCAGGAAGUUGCACGUGAUGGACAGCGCUUGGCGGCCUGAAGCCUUGCACGCAUGGCGAGGCGCACUUGGCGAUGACCUUCACAACAUGCAUGAUGUGUUUGUGUGCGUGAAACUUGAAAGACCGGUCUUGGAUCACUUGAAGAAUGAUAGAAAGGAAAGACUCGAACAAGGGAAUGAGUUAAAGAUGUAUAGCGAAUCGAUUCAAUCAUCACCUUUAGUAAUCUUUUCAUCUUUACCGAUCUCAUCACCAUUUCGAUCUACUUCGAUUUCGAUUGAUCCAAAUUUAGUUGAAGAUUCAUUAAUUUGUUUAUUAGAUGAUCAUACUUCUUUACCAAUUCAUCAUUCAACUUAUACCUCAAACCAAUCUCAAGAUGAAAAGACUGUUAAAAUCUUAGGAUCAGAUGAUUCGUUACAAUCUAUUCGUUCGAUCGUUUUACACUUACAAUCACCAAAUUGCCUAUCUACUUUUAUUCAAUUCCCAUCACCAUCACAGGCUCAAAGAUUAGGUAUCAAAUUACCUUUUUUACAUUUUCAAAUUAAGUUUAUCAAUCAUCAAUUCUUAUUCGAAAUUGAAACUCAAGAUGAUUCAUUCAACUUACUAAGAAUCAGAUGUUCUACUUUCCAAAAAAAACCUAAAUUCUAUUCUGCUAAUCUUUCUAAUCGGAUCCCAUUACUACAUCUUCCAAUCCAUCUACCCAACUCAUCCAUGAGCAGUAAACAAACAAACUGGUCCGAAUUACUUAUCCCGAUCAAAUCGAUUACCGAAACCUAUAGUCAAUCGAAAUUCGGAUCCAUUAACUCGAUCAAAGUUCAUUCGAAUUGUAGACUUCGAAGGAUUUAUUGUUCAAGUGAUGGGAAAGGAUUCGGGUUAGGAGAUCGAAGAAGAGAUUCGAAUCAAAUGGUUUAUGAUCAUAAGUUUGAUCGAAUGGUUCUUUCUUCUGGAUCUAAUCAUCAUCGUUCUGAUCAAAUCAAUCAAAUCAAAUCUAAUGAAAGAAUCGAAUUGAUGUUGUUUAAAUCUUCUAAUCCUAAUACUACUACUACAACAUAA